AAACAAGUGAAGGCAAGAAUCAGCUAGUUGCUCACAAAAAGCUUAGCUUUCCCGUCCAUGGUUACCGACUGAUCUGAUCCCUCUCCACUUUCCCCGAAGUCACACCGCUCCACCUGCAGACCUGCUCUCUCUCUCUCUCUCUCUCUCUCUCUCUCUCUCUCUCUCUCUCUCUCUCUCUCUCUCUCGUGUCUCGACGCCAUAAGUAGUGGCCGCGCAUCACUCGAUUGAUUCCUCCCAGACUCCAAAGCCCAACCAGCUAGCGCUCAUCCCCAGCACGACACCGCCAUGGCCAAGGCAUGGACCGCCGUUCUAGUCCUCGUCGCCCUGUCGGUCCCCUUCGCCUCGGCCGCCGCCGCCGGCUACCACGGCCGGCCCAAAGCCGACGAGGGUGGUCCGGGCCGUGGCUUCUUCGGGAUGCCGUGGUUCGGGCCGCAGCCGAGAGGCUUCUUCGGCGGGUGGGGCGCGGGCGUGCCCGGGUACCGGCGCGGCGCGGUGGUGCCUCCGUCCACGGUGUGCGCGGAGCAGGGGCCCUGCCACGGGAAGCGGCUCACCUGCCCGGCCAAAUGCUUCAAGUCGUUCAGCUACGGGGGCAAGCACGGCGGCGGCGGCGGCGGGGGCGGCGGGUGCAGCUUCGACUGCAGCAGGCGAUGCGUCGCCUCCUGCUGAGUGCACUGGAUGGACCACAUGAUAUGAUUUAGCUGGCCGAUGAGUGCCGUAGCUUAGCGAGCAGUAAGUGGUUGCUUCUGAUGUG